UAAGCCUUUUCUUUUGCUGAAACGCCCAUUCUCUCACCUAAGGACAGAGAGACAGACACGCUGAUUUCUAGAGAGAGAAAGAGAUUCUUCUCAUUUCUUCUGUUCAACUUCAAUCAACAAGGCUACCCAUUAUUUGUUUCUUUCUUCAUUAUCCUUUCAUUACUCUUAAUCAUUCAUCAUUACGCUAACCAGAGUGGAUUCAAGCCUUCUUUUACCCUUUUUGGCCCAUCCCCAAUUCUUCUUUCUUCCUCAAAUGCUGAUGCUCUUUUAGGGUUUUCCAUUUCUGUUCUUUUCUGUAAUUUGAGCGGCUUAUGGUUCCCUCAUUGGAAGGCCUUCUUGAUUUCUACAUGUGCUUCUGUUGGUGCAGUAUGCCUAUGAAGUUCCAGAGAUUAUAGAGCAUUGUGGGUUUUGAUUUAACUGCCGCUUUGUUGCUCCUAUAUUGAUCAUAAAAAUAUUGAAGAGGUUGUUGAUCUCUAAAGAUGGCUUCUGAGCUAGUCAACUCUGCAACAAGUGAGAAACUGGCUGAAACAGAUUGGAUGAAGAAUAUUGAAAUCUGUGAAUUAGUUGCUCGUGAUCAAAGGCAAGCUAAAGAUGUCAUAAAAGCAAUCAAAAAACGUAUAGGAAGUAAAAACACGAACACCCAACUUUAUGCGGUUUUGUUACUUGAAAUGUUGAUGAACAAUGUUGGAGAACCGAUACAUAAGCAGGUGAUUGAUUCAGGGGUUCUCCCAAGUCUUGUGAAGAUAGUGAAGAAAAAGUCUAACUUACCAGUGCGAGAGAGAAUAUUUCUCCUCCUCGAUGCGACACAGACAGCUCUGGGUGGUGCUUCUGGAAAGUUCCCUCAGUAUUAUCAAGCAUAUUACGAUUUGGUGAGUGCAGGAGUCCAGUUUCCUCAAAGGCCUCCUGCUACUCCAUCAGAUAAUGCUACCCAGCAGCAUACGAAUAAUCUACAAAAUGGAGUAAUAAGAUUAUCUGAGCAGGAGGAUGCUGCUAGUGUGGAACCUCAGCCGUUACCAGAAUCUAGUAUAAUCGAAAAGGCGAGCAAUGCAUUAGAAAUUCUCAAGGAAGUUCUUGAUGCCGUAGAUCCUCAGCGUCCUGAGGGGGCAAGAGAUGAGUUUACACUUGAUCUAGUAGAACAGUGUUCGUUUCAGAAGCAGAAACUGAUGCAUCUUGUCUUGUCUUCUCGGGAUGAGAAGAUUGUCUGUCGUGCCAUUGAAUUGAACGAGAAGCUCCAAAAGGUCCUUGAAAGACACGACGCCCUUCUCUCGGGUCAGUUUAUGUCCACUCAUAAUCAGUUCAACGGCGAAGAAGUCAGUAGGUCGAGAGCAAAUCAUUAUAACCAAGAUGAAGGAGAAGAUGAAGAGGCCGAACAACUUUUCCGAAGGCUGCGAAAAGGAAAAGCUUGUGUAAGGCCCGAAGACGAAAACGGUUGUUCAGAGCGACCGUCAUUGGGUUCACUAGGAUUAUCAAUUCCAGUGGAACGUGCAAACCGUCCAAUCAUUCGACCAAUCGACGAGAAGGUGUCGACUACAUCAGAAAUGCCACAGGGUCAGGGCGUUGUAAUACCACCACCACCAGUAAAACAUGCAGAAAGGGAGAAGUUCUUCAAGGAUAAAAAGACGGGCGGUGGAGUUAGUGAGCACAUGAGAGGCCUAUCUUUACAUAGUCGCAAUGCCAGCAGCUCUCGCAGUGGAAGCAUAGAUUUGAGCGAGUCCUGAAGAAACGGUGUGAACAAGAAAGGUAAUAGGGUUUGUUUGAGAGUGUGGUAUUUAAUUUAUUUUCACUUCAACUCAUUAUUUGUAAAGUUGAGCGUUUGUUGUAUGAGUUUGAUGUUAUUUUCACUUCCAUAUUUGAGCAUAUUGUAAUUUGGUCUUCAAUUUUUAAAACUAGCUAUUAUAUAGGCUUUAU